AAGUUGGAACUAAACAUAAAAGAAUUAUAGGCACUGACUGUAAGUGCUAAACGUGUAUAGUUUUUCACAAAUUGUCUGUUUUUACUUAAACAUAUACGAUAGUAAUGAUUUAUUUACAAAUAUACAUGACAUAAUAUUUAUUAAGGAAUAGUUAAGCUAUUGAAAAAGCAGUAAAAUAAAAUUUAGUAAUUUGAUGAGAUUUUAUUUACAUAGAUAUGUCUGCACCUGGAGUAAUGAAUGAGGCCAAAGAAAAACGAGAUGAAAUAUCAAAAAAAAAGGAUAAAAAUUAUAGACAAAAUAAAUGUUCCCAAAUUGAGGAGCAUUCAGAUGCAAGUUCAUCUAAGAGAGUAAAAUAUGAUGCUGCACAAAAUGUUAAUAAUACUUCAUCAGAAUUAUCUUCCAAUAAUAGUGAAAAAACAAAUGAAUCGUUAAGCAAGAAAGAAUAUAGUGAUAACUCAUUAUUAGUUAUACAACAUUAUAAUACAAUAUUAGAUGACAGGAAUAAAAGUAGAAUUUUAUAUAUGAGAAAUUUUAACAAUUGGAUUAAAAGCAUGCUUAUGUUCGAAUAUACUAAUGAAAUUCAUGGAGCUCAUUUAAAAGCAUUAGAUAUGUGUUGUGGUAGAGGUGGAGAUCUAUUUAAAUGGAAAAAAUUAAAUGUAACAUAUUUAAUUUGUGCUGAUUUAGCUGAAGGAACUAUACGAGAAUGUCAAGAUAGAUACAAUGAAAUGUUAAAACGAAAUUCUGCAGAAAGAAGAUAUUCUCCUAUUUUUUCAGCUGAAUUUAUAACGGCUGACUGUACAAAGGUUCGAUUAAGAUCAAAAUUCGAAGAUCCUAGUAUAAAAUUUGAUUUGGUUAGUUGUCAAUUUGCAUUCCAUUAUUGUUUUGAGUCAUUAGAACAAGCAGAAUGUAUGCUAAAAAAUGCAAGUGAAUGUUUAAAACCAGGAGGUUAUUUUAUUGGAACUAUUCCAGAUGCAUAUGAUCUAGUUUCUAGGUGGCAAAGAUGUGAUGGUAACAGUUUUGGAAAUGAUAUUUAUAAUGUAGAAUUUUUUUGCAACAAAACAAAACCACCACUUUUUGGUGCAAAAUACCAUUUUAAAUUAGGCAAUCUUGUUAAUUGUCCAGAAUUUCUUGUUUAUUUACCUGUAUUUCGUAAAUUAGCUUUAAAAUUUGGUUUAAAUUUAGUAAAGUUUGAAAGAUUUGAUAGCUUUUAUGAACGUAUGAAGGAUAAGAAUAAAGGUAAACUAUUACUUAGUAAAAUACAAGCUUUAGAAACUUAUCCGCCUCGACACGGGCAAAAGCUUGCCGGCAAUCCUGAUAAAGAUUAUCAACAUGCUAAAGAAUAUAACACACAAAAGACUUCGAAUCGUCGUGAAAUUGGUACUUUGUCUCAACCAGAAUGGGAAGUUAUUUCGCUGUAUGCAGUAUUUGCAUUUCAAAAAAUGAAAUAGAAGCAAAAUUAGAAUAUGUAAAAUUCAAAACUGUGAAGUGUUAACUUUUUAGUAUUGACCAUUGAUUUUAUAUUGUACCAACUAGUUUGUUCCUCUGAAAAUAGACAUGCAUGUUGAUACAAUAUAUAAUCUGAUUCAAUGAAUUCAACAAUAUUACACCAAGUUAAACAUGUACAAUGUAUUUUUAUGGAUUUGAUCGUUCUUUAUAUAAACAAAAUUAAAUUAA